AUGAGCACUCUGCCCAAUGGCCCCCAACUGCCCCUUAUUGUUGUUGAGGAAAUCGUUCGAUAUUGUUUGGAUAUGCACACGGCCACUAACCACAGAGGUGAUGAUGCCAGCAGUGCUGAGGACCCUAGCACCCUUGAAAGCAACGACGAAGAUUCCAGCAGCAACAGCAACAGUGAAUUCAGUGAUGUCAGCAGCUCCGACGAUGCCGAUGACAUGGCAAGUGCGAUCCCCCUUCUUGCCUUUGAUGACUGGAAUUCGGUGUUCCAAUCAAAGAUGUGCAAGCAAAUCAUGCUUUUGUUUGCGCGCAUCCUCGAGUUCUCUGCCAGUCUCCCGGUCGACACAAUGAGAAUAUCCGUGGAGCACGCGCUGCCAUCAAAUAGCAGUGUUAUUUUUGGAGAAGCACAUAUGCUCCAAUUGCACAUCGACAAUCCUGUUCCUGAUUUGGGCGCUAGGCAUGCUGGCAACAUGGACAUUGCUAACGUGGCUGGGUUCAUGGCGAGGGUCAAGGAGAUGGUGCUAGCGAUUCAGCGGAUCGAUAUUUGGUGGUGCAAUGCCACCUACAAGCAGCCAGAUCAGGGGAUUGCUGGCCUCUUGAGCGACACUACGGUGGUUCUCGUCCACGGAAUCGGCCAGCUUUCUUUUAAGGAGUAUGGCAAAAGUAAUACUAACCUAAUUGGUAAAUUUUAAAGUUAGAAAAUAUUAAGCAGCGUUGAAAAAGCGUGG